AUGCCCUCUAGUUCCCCUUCGUCCUCGAAGCGAUCAAUUGACUUCGUUGAAGACCAAGCUGUAACGCCGAAACGAAUUCGCAUCCAUCCAACGUCCCCCGCAUCACUACCUAUCAUCUCCCCCCCAUCGUCUGUGCCCUAUGCCAUUUCUGAACCGCCGUCUGACUUUACACUUGUCCCUGAAACCCCCACUCCCGAUUUGCCUAUUAUAAAGGUCACGCAGCUCCCCCCAAGUACCCAGCAGCUUCCCCAUUCCACCCGCAAGCCCCGUCGGCGAGAAACCGCCAAAACAUUUACGUUGAAAGACGCCGGGAUCUAUUUCCAUUCGCCCACCCGGCUGUUAUUGUGCCUCGAAUGUAGCUCGGCGGUACCAGCCCAACAUCUGGCCACACAUAUCAACGAGUCUUGCCCUCGACGUAUCAGAUUCGACAUAGACCGCUUGGCCUCGGCAUUGCAGGAACUCGGAACCAAUCUUUCACCCCUCCUUCCCGAAGGAGGCUUCGACCGCCCCAUUCCUAUACUCCCCGUUCAACAAGGUUGGCGAUGUGCUACCCCUGGUCCCUGCUUUGGUCACGUAUUUGGAUCUAAAACCACCAAAAAUACGCACCAGCAAGCAAUGCAUCCUCAACAGACGCCAAUAUUUGUCGAAACUAAAUGUCAACGAAUAUACAACCCUUGCAACUUCACUAAAUAUGUCGCAAUCAAUUCCACCGCACCUCCCGACGACUUUUUACCCCCCAAGAGUUCUUGGCGCGAUCUGAAGAAGCAACUGCAAGAUCAAGGCGCCCUCACGCUGGAAGAUCAUCGUCUAAUCACCCACACCCAACUCUCACCGUUAGAAAAUGUCACCAAAUGGCAUCUCACUCUCCCGGGAGCGCACCUUGGCUUUGCCCACACUUAUUCUCGUCCACCGGCACCAGAACUUGCUCCGUCAAACUUCCAUCGAAUCUUUGACGCAUUCAAAUACUACAUAGUCCACAUCGUGGCACCAGUCCUUGAGAAGAGGAGCAAUACUAUGCUACUCCGUCUCAUUAACUCUCCAGACAAAGGCAAUUGUGAACGAUAUCCCUUUCGACUACCGCAGAAUCAGAAGACCGUCCGCGACUAUGCGCAUAUCUUUUCCUGCAUGAUGACUUUCGUCGUUCGUGCCGCCGACAAGGCCAUCCCCGGCUUCCCCGUUACUACCACGGACUCGCAGCUAUACCUAAUAAGGCAAUUCCUGAAUUCGAAUAUCCCGGAGGACCUGGUCCACGCACCUCCUACCUUUUGGGACCUAGUACAUCAAGUCUGUUGGUCCAUGCUCACAUCCAUCCCGGUCUCGAAUGAAUUUAACGAACUCGACAUUCCUUUGACACGUUUCUUGAUCGCCUACCACUUGCGAGACGACCUGUCCGCUAGAUUCAAAAUGGCAACCCACAUCUGCCACAACAUGAUCGCCAUUCAAUGGUGCUGGCGUGCUAUGGGGCUGUACCAAUGCAAAAAGCUUGCAUCCUCAAAGGACAACGGCGAGAUGGGUGUAUACGAGGACAUCUCCAAAUAUCUGACGGAGGGCAGCCACUCCCCCUUUGCUGUCCUUCGAUGCCACAUCCAUCCCAUCACCGCGAUCUCGAUGCAAGAGCCCAGCCUCCCUCUCUUCCUGAUGGGGGCAGACAUGGAGACUUUCUCCUUUAAAUCUCAUCCGUUCACUAUGUCCUCUUUCAGAGAUUUCGCAGUAGGCCUGGUCUCUUCAUCCGAGUCGCUGCUGCUAUCCCUUCUCGACGGACUCGAUAUUACGGACCUUGAUGCACGCAUCCACACUGCAUUGUCACUCGACAACAGCGACGGAUGGUUCAAAGACACACUACGAGACGAAGAACACGGAUAUUCCUUCCUCACCGAUGAAAGAAACGGGUUCUCGCGCUAUCAAGACUCGCUAAUGGACCACAUAUGCCGCAACGACAGCACUGUCUAUGCCGUCCAUACUCCUGACGGCAUCCAAUUCAAGCCCAACGCCCUGUUGUCCUUCAUCGACGACGUUGAUGACCUCGUCGAACACCUGUACGCCUCGUUGAACUUCACUUGGGCAGGAGCAGCGAGGGGGACGGAAAUAGAGGACAUACGUUAUAAAAACGGCCAUGCCCCUCGCAAUUUGUACUUCACCAACGGCGUUCUCACCUUUGUUACUUUCUAUAACAAAACCCAGCACAAUACCGGCCGUCCGUCGAUGAUUCCUCGCGCUGUCCCACCUCGCUUGGCACGCCUCUUUAUCAUCCUCCUCGCCGUCAUCUACCCCUGCACCCAGUACAUCGCCAACAUUCAGUCCACCAAAGCCCAUGCCGUCCUCUACAGCAGCUGCAUCUUUGUCCAUCGAGCUCGACCGCUCAACACCGAGCGGAUGACUGAUAUUUUGCGACGAUUCACUCAAGAAACCUUUAUAUUUCCCCUGGGCGUUCGCGACUGCCGACAUCUCAUGAAAUUCGUGUUGAAACACGCCGUUGGUUUGGCGCUGCAAGAGGACCCGGGGGACAGUCCGUCAUUGUAUCGAAUCCUCGAUGGACUCUGGGGACAUUCCUCCAAAGUCUCGCAAACAUAUUACGCAGUUGAGGAAGACACGUUCUCUCACAUUGAUGCGAAAGACGUCACCAAAGCACAGAUAUUCUUGCUAGCCUACCACGAAUGGCUCGGGAUUGGUUACGAGCACCUUCCCGCCAACCUUCGCAUUGGCCACGCAGAGCCAGCCAAAGCUCUAACUCAGGCUCCCGCAGGCAAAAUUGAUACCGCUGCAUUCGUCCAAUCCCUCCAUGCCACCAUUCCUAUGCUUGGCGAUGCCCUCCAAGCCACCGUCUCCGAUGCCGUUCACACUUACAUGGCAAUGCACGCCAUUCAACCUCGUCCGCCUACACUCCGUUCUCUCCCCGUCUCCCCACCCUUUCGCGUCAUCGUCCAUCUGUCGCGCAAAGUGGCUUUGGACUUAGGGUUAUGGGAUUGUUUUUCAUAUUUCCUAGGGAAUUUUUAG